AUGGCAUCGCGAACGCCCGACGCGGCCGUGGAGCGUCUGCUGCAGUACAUCCGCAUCCCGACCGUCAGUGGGGACGGGCCCAGCGGGUCUUACAAUGAGUGCGCAGAGUGGCUCACGGGAUACUUGGACGAAGUUGGACUUGCGGCGCAGGUCUUCUCUCCUUCGGACAACAAGCCUAUCGUAGUGGCUACGUGGCAAGGCAAGGACCCAUCUCUUCCAUCAAUUCUGCUCAACUCGCACUAUGACGUGGUGCCCGUUGUCCGUGAGCACUGGGAGCGCGACCCUUUCAAUCCGAAGGUUCUUGAGGAUGGAUUCAUUUACGGGCGCGGAACGCAGGACAUGAAGAGUGUCGGUGUGCAGUAUGUGGAGGCUGUCUGUCGUCUGAAGACAGCGGGGUUCGUGCCGAGCAGAAACAUCCACCUCCUGUUCGUGCCCGAUGAGGAAAUCGGGGGCGUCGAUGGCAUGGAAGCGUUUCUGGCGAGUGAGCAGUACAAGUCCAUCCAGCCCGUGGCGUUUGCUUUCGACGAGGGGCUUGCCAAUCCCAACGAUGCGUUUACGGUGUUCUACGGCGAGCGGGUACCCUGGUGGUUCUACGUGAAAGCUACGGGGCCUACGGGGCACGGAAGUCGGUUCAUUAAGGACACGGCAACCUCCAAGAUUAUCAAUGUCUGCAAUAAGGCCUUGGCGUUCCGCGCGGAGCAGGAGGCCCUGUUGAAUGCUGAUUCUGGUUGCAAGCACGGCGAUAUCAAAAAGCGGAAUCUGGGUGACGUGACUACAGUGAACCUCACCAUGCUGAAGAGUGGAGUACCCCAGGACGGGGGCAAGACGCACGCCCUCAACGUCAUCCCUACGGAGGCUGUUGCUGGUUUUGACGUUCGCAUCUCGCCCCACAUGGAUUUGAAGAAGUUUAAGGCGAUGCUUGAUGAGUGGUGUUCUACUGAAGGACUAUCGUGGGAGUUUGUGUCGUGGUGGAAGAAUCCGCUGCAUGAGCACUACACGACCUUAGUCGACGACACCAAUGUGUGGUGGAAGCUGUUCAAGGAAGGAUGCGAGGAAAUCGGUGUUCCUGUCGAAGCAGAGGUGUUCCCAGCGGCGACGGACAGCCGGUUCCUUCGCCAGCUCGGCAUUCCUGCUUUGGGGUUCUCUCCGAUGAACGAGACGGAGAUCUUGCUUCACGAGCACAACGAGCGCCUUCACAAGGGCACCUUUUUGCGUGGAAUUGACGUGUACGAGACGUUGUUCCGACGCAUGUUCGCGUACACCAAGGCAGACUAGCUAGGUGUGAAAAGGUGCCGUCGAGCUGCAGGGCUUCACCGGUCGAGUAUGACGCCAUUACACGUG